AUGCCGGAGCCGGAGGAGACGUCGCUCGAGGGCACUCCGAAAUGGAUCGUGGCGUCCGUGUGCUCCGGCAUCGUCCUCAUGUCCUUCGUCUUCGAACGCGCGCUCCAUCGCCUCGGCAAGGACGUGAUCCAGGACAUCUGCAUCGACGAGAGCCUCAUGGAACGCUGGUUGCCGUGCCGGGGCGCCUCGUCGGCGGCGGCACACCAUCACCGCAGUAUCUUUUCCAUCUUUGGCCGUGACGGCGCCGGCAGCGCGAGGAGGAGGAUGCUCCAAGGAAGACCAGCCUCGGAGCACUGUUCAAACAAGGGACAAGUCCCACUGCUCUCGCUUCCGGCCUUGGAACAGAUCCACGUCGUCUUCAUUUUUGUGCUGGCCAUCACUCAUGUUGUUCUCAGGGCCAUCACCGUGCUCCUGGGGCUUCUUCAGAUGCGCAAAUGGAUGCACUGGGAGAACGCCAUCCAAGAAGAGGACGACAGUGCUCCUAAGAUGAUCAAUCAAGUUCAUACAGGACUGGUGCAAGGGACACCAGAAAGUCGCCAUGGUCAUAAUAUGGAUGGACUUGAGUGGCAGUUUAACAACUAUACCUUCAAUCUGUUCUACUGCAGAUGGUAUCAUUGGAUAUUUGUGAUGAUCUUUCUGCUCCUCAAUGUCACCGGAUGGCACUCCAACUUCUGGAUCUCACUAAUCCCGUUGUCUCGAAGCUGGAGCACAAUCAUAAACAAGUUGGCCUACGAGGUCGCCACGAAGCACACUGCUGCUGCCGAGGACGAAGAGGGUGGCGUGCGCAUGGACGGCAUGGUCAUGAGCCCUUCAGACGACCUGUUCUGGUUCCGGAGCCCCCGGCUGGUACUCAUCCUCAUCCGCUUCAUCCUGUUCCAGAACGCCUUCUUCUUCUGGACGCUGGAGACAUUCGGCGUUAAUUCCUGCAUGAUGGACGGACUGGGAUACAGCGUGUCAAGAAUUGUCAUAUGUGUCAUCGUGGAGGUCCUCUGCAGCUACAGCACGCUCCCUCUCUACGCCAUCGUCACUCAUAUGGGGAGGUUCAAGAGCGCCGUCUUCGCGGACGAUGUCGCGGAGCACAUCAGAGGCGCAACAGGGUGA